AGGCGCAGGCGCAGGGGGCCCGGAGGCCGCGCCGAAGAGUGCGCCUGAGGCUGCCCCGCCCCCAGCUCUCACCGCGUGAGCCGGGAACCCGUCACCCCGGCUGCUUGGGUCGCCGUGGUCGGUCGUCGUCAUGGCCUCUUCGUGGGAUGAGCUGACCAUUUCCUUUUCUCGCAUGUCUAUGUUCCCCUUUUUUGACAUCGCCCACUACCUGGUAUCCGUGAUGGCGCUGAAGCGUCAGCCGGGAGCAGUGGCGGUGGCAUGGAAGAAUCCGAUUUCAAGUUGGUUUACUGCUAUGCUCCACUGUUUUGGUGGAGGAAUUUUAUCCUGUUUACUGCUUGCAGAGCCUCCAUUGAGGUUUCUUACAAACACCACUAAUAUAUUACUGGCAUCUUCAAUCUGGUAUAUUGUUUUUUUUUGCCCAUGUGACCUAGUUUCCCAGGGCUAUUCUUUCCUACCUGUUCAACUCUUGGCUGCAGGAAUGAAGGAAGUGACCAGAACUUGGAAAAUAGUAGGUGGAGUCACACAUGCUAAUAGCCAUUACAAAAAUGGCUGGAUAGUCAUGAUAGCUAUUGGAUGGGCCCGAGGUGCAGGUGGUAGCAUUAUCACAAAUUUUGAGCUAUUGGUAAAAGGAGAUUGGAAACCACAAGCGGAUGAAUGGAUGAAGAUGUCCUACCCUGCCAAGGUAACCCUGCUGGGGUCAAUUAUCUUCACAUUCCAGCACACUGAGCACCUGCAAAUAUCAAGGCAUGAUCUUAUGUUCCUCUACACUAUGUUUCUUGUGGUCACAAAGAUAAUCAUGAUGACUACAGAGACUCCUAUUGUGCCUUUUGCUCCUUUUGAGGCUACAGUAAGUCGAAUAUUGUUUGGCUGGCAGCAGCAGUUCUUACCAUGUGAAAAGAAAAGUGAAAUAAGCACAUCGACCACAAAGUCUACAGCUGUUAUUUCAGAUAAAGUUAAAAAGAAGGGCACUAAGAAGACUGAGUAAAUUUACUUGAUGAGUUUUAGAAGGCAAAAAAAUUUCUUAUCUAUCAGAUUGUGAUAAAUAUUUCUAUUGUAAAUGAUGUGAAAUAAAGAUUAUACAUAAGGAAUGGAGGUGACAAAAAGAAAGAACUUCUUUCUAUUUCAGGGAGACUAUCUCUUUCUGGAUUGUAAUUCUCCAGUGUUAUGAGUGUAUCAUGUGAAAUUGUUCUUCUAAAUUAUAUAAAAAUAUUGUGGUUAUUUUAUAGUUUUAUAUUGAUAAAAGCAGGCUAGAUUUUUCAGUGUUAGAGAAAGUGAACCUGUUAUCAUUGCAAAAUUACAAAAAUUAAAUCCUUUUUGUUUUCUUUAGAUAUUUUAAAAUCUAUUUGAGCUUUAGUUUAGCAAAAUUAAACUUCUAUUUCACAUUAUCAUUAUAAUUUCUAGAUACGGAAAACAAUUCCUGUUUAAUUUUGAACACUGGGAAAAGUAAACUUCACCUAAAUCACUUUAUAUUGCAAAGAAAGUAAAUUACUAGUUUAUAUCUCAGAUACAAACAUUGUAUAUUUCGCCCACCUUAUGUGGAAAGAUCUGAAAUUUUAUUAGUUUUUUUCUAGUAGUUUUUUUUCAGUGAGAACAGAGUAUUAGCAUGAGUUUCGAAGUUUAUUUCAUGCCCUUGUUUAUACUGUUGCUUUCUUCUCAAAAGAAAAUCAGGGGUAUGAUUUUUAAUAAAUUACUAAUCCUAUGUUUUGCUUUGUAAGUUUCAGUUGAGAAGCUAAUAUUUUUUUUCUCUCCUUAAAACUCAUUUGUUUUUUACUAUAGGAGAAAUUAUUCUCAGCAUUUCACAUAUUCUAUCUGAUUGAAUACACUGAUGGUAGUAUCAUCUUAAUGAUUCAACAAAAAGUAUUAUUUUAAUUUAAAAAUUUUCCUUUUAUGUCUCUUUUGUAAUGGGAACUUUUUAGUUUUCUAGUUGAAAUGUCUCUGACUAGUUUGUAUGUGUUUAUGUUGUAUUUUAAUAUGUAUGCACAUAUGUUAUUUUAUUUUAAAUUAAAAAUAAUUACCCUUAUGCGAAAAUGCUCAGCUCUUAUGAGAAUUGUCCUUGUGCCUUUGGCAGUAACCAGCUAACCAAGAAACAGAAACUAAAAUCUCAUAUGGUAGUCCACUUGAGUGAAAACUGAUGACAUUAUGUCUGGUUCCUUCUAGAUUUUCUUGCUUUAUUUUAUAGUUUAAAAGUCCAGUUAUGACUUUAAAAUUCUGUGACUGACAUUUCUUCUAUCCAGACUAUGAACCUGCCUAUCUGCAAAGAAUUAGUAUGUAUCCAACAUUUUUGGAUGGCUAAUCACAUUCAAAUUAAAAGUUUUAAAACAUUUUAAACAAAUACAAACACCAGCAGGGACUAUGCUUUUACUUGCUAAAAAAAGUUUCUGGGGUGUGGGGUAGGACCUUUGAUAGCUUUUGUAUACUAAGAAGUUUAUUUUUAAUAUUGUGACAAAAGGCAUUAAAAAUAUGAGUUCUUUGUUACAUUGAUACUCUUGUACUUUUCAAAAUUAACAUGUUACUAAUUGUUGACUUAGUUUUAAAGUUUGGGUUUGUAGUUGAAAUGACAGGAAUCUUGUUAUACACUGUGUUAAAGACAAAGCUAUUAAAAUAAGUUAUUUAGCACCAAUAAAGUUUACAUUAUUUUUAUGAUUUAAAAUAUGUAGUUUUUUUGAGUUACCCAUUCAGAACUCAUCAGGUGUUUUGACUGAUAGAGUGUGAACUAAAUAAUUACUGUCCAAAUGGGACUUUGGUACAAACUUUAAAAAUCUAUGCAAGCUUCCUAAAACCUUCAGUUCAAGGAUCUUAGGAGAAAGCUAUAUUGGAGAACAUAGCUUAAGCUGAAACUCCCAUCCUGAAUCUACCUUGCUGCCCAGAGACUUGACGAGAUUUGCAAAGCAGAUUGUUAGACUCCUUACCCAACACGUAGCAUAAAUGAGACCUUUUGACCGGCUUAACAGCCUAUUAUUGGUAGCCCUGAGAAAGUCAAGACCUGGUAGGUCUCCUUACCUAAAAGGAGAUAAAAAGCUGACAAGAACAUUGGCUGGCUUAACUCCGUGAUUUCACAUUUUAAUAAAAUGUGGCCAAAUUAAUACCAAAUUCUGACUUUUUAGAUUAGUCAUUCUUCCUUGCUGAGGGUAAAGGCUGCAGGAGCCAAAUAUGUGGAAUGGGUGUAUUUUUUGUUUGAAUGUAUUUUUUGUUUACUCCUUUAAGGCCCAACACCAUUUCAUUAAAAUCUACCUCAAAUCACAAAUUGAUUACAAUUGAGUUUUACACUUGUGAAAGACUCCAAGAGAGUAGUGGGGGAAGGUUGUCAAACAUUUUAAUUUUGUCCAUUUUCAGUGGGUAAUUGUGAUUUUUAUGGUUUUUGACUUGCAUUUUCCUGAUGAUUAAUGAUGUAGAGUACUUUUUUUGUGUGUGCACAAUGGCCAUUUGUUUAUCGCCCUCUGUAAAGUGUCUCUUCGGAUCUUUUGCCCAUGUUUUAUUGGAGUUGUCUUUUUAUUAUUAAGUUGUAGGAGUUCUUUAUUUAUCUUGGAUAUUGAUCCUUUGUAAAACAGGUAUUUUGCACUUAUUUUCUUUCUGGUCUGUGGCUUACCUAUUCAUUUUUAUAAUGAUGCCUUUUAAUGAGCAUGGAUUUUUAAUUUUGAAGCAAUCUAAUUUCCCAGUAUUUUACUCAUAGUUAUUAUUUUCUGUCUAAAGAAACUUUUGCCUACCUCCAAGUCAUGACAUUGUUUGCCCAUCUGCGGAAUCUGAAACAAAGGAGAAACACUUAAAAGAGAACACUGUACUGUUAUGUAAAUUAAUAAUUUUGUCACUCAGCAAGUCACUUAGCUCUAAUUUUUGACUCUGAUUUUUGAAAAUCAUUGUACAGCUUAUAUAUUGAUAACUUUUUCUGAGCUUGUGAUACAAUUAUCCAUUAAAGGAAUUUAGGACUUUUCUGUAUGUGUCUAUUUAGGGACUUUUUGUAGGCAGGUUUGAUCUUGGUUUGCCACAAUUCUGAUAUUUAAGUUAAGAGAUGGUGAAUAAGAAUGUGGUAACAGAAAUUUUUUUAAAAAUGAAGUAAAUUCUCUAAGCUCAGAGUAGGUACAGAACUGGUUGGAAAGGUAGUGGUCGAAAUAUAUAUCCCAUUAGUGCAUGUGUGUGGUGACAGAGUGUGGAGCAGAGGUCUGAUAGGAAAAUUAAUAGACCUUAGAUUAAUUCACAUGCAGGCUGUCUGGUAAUUCAUGACACUUAAUAACGAGAAUUAAGAUUUCAUUGGGAUCAAGAAAAAUGAAGCAAUUUGUAUGUUGGGAUUAUUAUCAGCAAACAAUGGUUUAGUGAAGGAGAGAGAAAAGAAGGGACUUCUGUCAGACAAAUUUAUUUUUACU